AUGUAUACAGCAUAUGCAACAAUUAUUAAAUUACAAUAUUUACAACAACCUCUCAUUCAUACAAUAAUCGGCAACAGUGAGGAAACAAAACACAAAAAACCGAAAGGCAAUCAAGUAAUCGACAACACAUUCACCAUUCGAUUGCAUAUAUUUAUACGAGUAGUUCGCAAUUCACCACGAUCGUCACCUUCACCUCAGCAAUAUCGUAUUUGUUUACAUAUCCAAAUCGAUGAUCAAGUAAAUCGUAUAAUUUCGAAAGUAUUGCGUACCUUGGGGCCCACUAUUUUGCGUACCGCCGUACAAGGCAAUACUGCGAACCGCGCCCGCGCCAAUUUCGAUGCCGAUUUCGACGACGAUGACAGUAGUAGCAGCAGUAGCAGUAGCAGCAGCAGCAGCAGCAGUGGUUCGACUAGCAUUAGUUCCAGCAGCGGAAGCGGUACGCGCGUAUCCAUUGAGUUGCCAACAUUCGCACCUGAUGAUGACGAAGAAAAUGAGGUGGUCAGUGCUACUAGUGCAAAUAGCAUAGAAUCAACGACUUACAGAGCGAAAUGUGAGUGCGAGAGGAUAUUAAGUAUUGCAUGUCCGAUAUACUCAUUUGUAGAAGAAGAGCGAGGGCGCUUGCUUUGAAGUGCAUUAAAAGCUUAGUUGUCAAUUUGACGUUUGUAAUGACGGUGAAAUUGACAACUGCGCAUUUUAGUGCAAUAUUCUAUUCUGUUUUUAUUUGCCUGAUAGAUUGGCUUAUUAAUAAAUUCCCUUAUUUAAAAUUACAUUUUUUUAAUUGUUAACAGAAAUACAAAAAUUGUUAAAUUCAAAUGUUAACAAAAAAUUGGCAACAACCUACAACCAAUUGGCAACAUAGCAGUAAUAUACCGGAAAUUUUUUAAUUAAAUUUAUGCGCAUAAGCAAACAGCGACCACAAAUAACAACACAACAAGAAACAGAAACAUAUAAACAACACAGCAAAUUGCAAGCGGUCGAUGCUACAACAAACGCAACAACUGUCAGUCGGAACACUGAAAAAAAUUACUAAAUAAUUGUACUUAAAAAGUGUGAAGAAUAAAAUCUACUUACUCUUAAAACUUCAUAAACUUCUAUUUUACUGUUUCACUUGUCUUUAAUUUUCACUCUUACAUUUGUAUGUUUGUCGUUCUCACCACUCACGUUCACUAACUUUUAAUUAAACGCAUUCCAAUGUCUGCAAAUGUGUCUUCAUAUUUCAAGUCUGCGCUACAAAUAUUCAUUUGUCAAUACAGCAAGUCGUGCAUUAAUGUCGUUCAUUAUUUGAAAAGUCAUAUUUAGAAACGCAACACUGUUAACUUUCUGUUCACACUCACGCAUAUGCUCUCUUGCUUCGCUCCAUCUGUUUCUCUUUCACACUCACUGGUUCUCACAAGCGUUUAAAUCUCAUGGGCAUACCCUGAAGAACAAACAUAGAAAAAAAAGAAAUAAAAAUAAUAGAAACGCUUAGCACAGUGGGCUCUGUAUAAUGAUCUAAUUAAAAAUUUUCACUUAUAAGCGAAUGAAAAAUAUGUUCGCCAAUACGUGUAGCUCAUAAAGCUCACCUGAAAUUGUAUGUACUUAUAUAUCAUGCAGAGCUUUUUUAAUUCCAAUGUGUAGUGUGUAAUGAUUUUUAAUAUAUUUCGAUUUACCACUUACAUGCUUAUUUGGAAUACUUUUUAUAGUUAUAUUAUUUAGUUUACAUAAUCGUUCACAAGCAAUUUUAAUUACAGUAGCUUAUGAAUGUAAAGCACAUAGAACAUUUAUCUGAGGAAUGCCUUUUCUCAGCAAACGUUACUGUGUAUGUGCUGCUAAUUUUUAUAAUAGUUUUUUUUUUCUUUAACAUUAAAACAGCUUUCACUCGUCACCUACUGUCAUAUAUUAGUGGCAUACAAACGUUUUUCCUGCAUUAUAUGUAUGUAGUAAGCAUUUAAGCAAAGAAUUUUUUUUAAAUUAAUUGGCUUUGAACGAAAUUUCAUAAUUCUCAUGCUUUUUGUUUUUUCUCUUUUUCUUUCUCUUUAUUUUCAUAUAUAUACAUACCAUGAUUCGAACUGUGAAAUAAUCCACCAACCACCCACCCACCCACCUACACACAAAUAAAAAAUAUUCGAAUUAAAAAUUACAAAAAAAAAAAAAAAUUAUAUAAAUUUAUACUAAAACUGCAAACGAAAUUGUGCAUUUAAAUUUGGAACUCAAAAUUCAAAUUCAUCAAACGAAAAAAAUUACACAAACUAUAAAUUUCCAAAUUAAAUAUUAAAAAUUAUUUUUCUACACUGAAACUAAAUUCAUAUUGCACGUGCAUCUAUUACAACUUUUGCAACCCUCUUUUUAUCACUGUAAAUACUGUAAACACACAUACAAUACAUUAUAUUUGUCCUGCUCGCAUAUGCACCUAUUUUAUUUACAUUGCACUUUGCCUUGCUUGCGUUAUACUAUCAUAUCCUUUUACAUUAACUUGUUGAACACAAACACUCCCUCUUUCUCUCUCUCUUCACUCUUCCUCUCUCUUUGUAAAUAAAUCUUAUCUUUGGCACACAUCUAAUUCUAUACAUGUACCACACCCGAUAAACACACCAUACACACAUACCACCUACUCUCUUUGUGGCUCUCUUUCAAAUUGCUCCCUGUCACACUCCUAUUGCUUUUCCCUUGCAAAAAAAAAAAACAAAAACAAACAAUUCACACUUCAAUAAAUAUACGUACACCCAAAAACACCAACAAAAAAUAAUUAUGAACCAUAUAAAUAUUAAACCGAACUAAAAUGAAAUGAAUUUCCAACAAAUCAUAUUUGGAAAAUGGUCAAUUCGAUGAUCCCUUAACGCUAACUUUUGUCACAUGCAAUCAAAACAAAAAAUACCAUCAAAACAUGUAAUAAAAACAACAAAAUUUGGGUUGGCUGGUAUAACAUUGAAAAUAAAUAAUAACAAAUAAAAAUUUACAAACAAUACAUCAAUUGAAUUCGAUUUGACACACGGUGUUGUGGUGUCGGUUAUAAUUCUUGCGCGAAAACCAGAAUGGUGCAACAGACACACAAAUCGAUUUAUCAGCCAUAAACAAACAACUCGAGGAGACAAUACGUGUGGCGCGUCAAGUGA